AGCUCCCUCCUCCUCUCUCUUCUUCUCCUCCUCCUCCUUGUCCUGUUCUUCUCUCCUCCUCCUCCUCCUCCUCUCCCCUCUCGCUUUGCCGCUCUCUCACAGCCUCGGUUUUCUUUUUUUUUUCUCCUCUUCAAUCUUGUGCAGGUUGUAUCUGACGGAGGGACCGGUGCCGCGCUCCCAUCCCCGCGCUCCUUCAGCAACAACACUGAUUCAUCAGCACCUGUGCCAACAGCAGCGAGUCGAGUGACCCAGCUCCAGGCCGACCGGCUUCACCUGUACAUGGAGACCCCCAGCUGGGCAGGAAACACGUUGUGUAAGUCAGGAAGCAUUGCUGUCUUCGGGAACGUGGUGUACAGCGGACUGCUGAACGAUCACCUCUGGCAUUUGGGAGUGCCCCUCUUUACAAGACUGGGUAACCAAGAGGCCACCAACCCCCCAGAAGCGAUGGCCCAGCCGUACACCCCAGCCCAGUACCCGCCUCCCCCACAGAAUGGCAUUCCCGCAGAGUUUGCGGCACCUCACCCGCUCCCGACGCAGGACUACACCGGGCAGAGCCGGGUGCCCGAGCACGCCAUGACCCUCUACACGCCCACACAGACGCACAGCGAGCCGGCCGGCACUGACAACAGCACGCCCGCCACCACGACCGCACCGGUCAGUGUCCUUCACCACCUGCAAACACUGUUCUCAACACGCUGUCAGCAAACAGAUGAUGUGACGCAAACAGAGGGCUCUCAGCAGCUCCAGCUCCAGCACUCAGACUCUUCAGAGAAGCAGCAGCCCAAAAGGUUACAUGUCUCCAACAUUCCCUUCCGCUUCCGGGACCCUGACCUAAGGCAAAUGUUUGGGCAAUUUGGAAAGAUUUUAGAUGUGGAGAUUAUCUUUAAUGAGCGAGGAUCCAAGGGCUUUGGGUUUGUAACUUUUGAAACAAGCACAGAUGCUGAUCGUGCACGGGAGAAACUAAACGGUACAAUCGUAGAGGGACGCAAAAUAGAGGUGAACAACGCGACAGCACGAGUGAUGACAAACAAAAAAGUGGCCAACCCGUACACGAACGGCUGGAAGCUGAAUCCGGUGGUCGGAGCUGUCUACGGUCCUGAACUGUAUGCCGUAACAGGAUUUCCCUACCCUGCCACAGGCGCUACGGUGGCCUAUAGGGGUGCCCACUUGCGGGGACGGGGACGGGCUGUGUACAACACAUUCCGCACAGCUCCACCUCCACCACCAAUCCCAGCUUACGGAGCGGUGGUGUACCAAGAUGGCUUCUACGGUGCAGAGAUCUAUGGUGGCUAUGCAGCAUACAGAUUUGCCCAACCCACCACCACCGCUGCUUACAGUGACAGCUAUGGCAGAGUCUAUGCAACAGCAGACCCUUAUCACCACACGAUUGGCCCUGCAGCCACAUACAGUGUGGGGACCAUGUAAAUACAAAAUGAAGAGCUGUACUCAGUAUUGAUGGACAUCACAGAUGAAAACAACGAAGAGAGGAGAACUAGCUUUAAGAAAAUAACAAAAGAAGAAGAAGACAAGGAGGAGUCCCUCUACUGAGGCUGGCGAGGAAAGACGGGAGGCGUACAAAGUGGCGCCGCGGCAGUGGUGUCAAACCAGCCACAAACUUGACAGACGGAGUGAGCCAGUUUCCACCAGGGACCACCUUUUUGCCGGGUAGAAAAAGACAGAGAGAGAAUGAAAAGUGUCCCGUUAUUAUAAAACAUUUUAUUUUUCUAUACUUUUGUGAUUUACAAUGGUAAAAAAAAAAGUGUGUAUAAAGCAGUAUAUAUGUACAAAUCUGUUUUUAUGUUUUUUGGUAAGGGAGAUGAACAGUUGGCCCUUGAUGCUGAUUCUGUGGUAUGCAGGAAGGAGGAGGGAGGAGCCCCGCCCCCCCUCCUCUCUCUGUGGCACACUGCUCUGUCGCCGAGGUCGUGUUUGAAAAAAAAAAAGUUACAAAACAAAACAGAAAAGGUGGCAGGGAGAGCUCGGCAUCCAGGCAGAAGCACUUUCUAUGCUGUACUUCCUGUGGGUGGAGUCAAAGGUCAACCUCCUGGUCUCACUGCUCCGCCUUCUUCCUUCCAACCUCCCCAAAACUCCUUCCUUCCUUCCUUCCUUCUCGGGCCGGUGAUGACGCUCUUUCCUCCUUGUUGCGGUGUCACUGGCCUGCAGCGCCUAGCGUUAGCAGCGUCCCCCGUGGAUACUGUUGUGAUGUCACUUCCUCCCGGCAGCACCAUUGGGCAUCCCCGCCCUCCCCAAUGGGCAGCAUCACUGGUUUACAGCGUUGGGGAGUGGGGGGGUGAGCCACGGCGGGACGGUGAGACGGUGUAAAGCCGAGCCUCCCCGUCUGCCCCUCUCCACGCCCCAGCAGAGGUCACUGACUGAGGACUAGUUAGAGAACACGGCGCAGAAGUCGCCGACUUUACUCACCUGCCAGACUCCGAGCCCAAGCCUUUGCGUCACUCCGCACCGACGGACAAACUGUCAGACCAACGCGACGAUAAGGUGCGUACGACUACCAAGGAUGCACGUUUCCACCUGACGAGAAUAACUCAUCGACGUCCAUGUAACAAAUUGAAUUAUAAUCGAAUAAUCCCAUCGUACUACAUCAGCAGGUGCAUAACCAAAACACAAGCCUGAGGCAUAUAGACUUAUGUCGCUAGAUAAAACAUAUAGAAAUACAGUAGUGCCCAUCCAACGGUAAUCGAGGAACUAGGGCUGAAAUAUGUCAACUUUUCUUUGUCCGUGUAUUCUGAGAAUAUUUAUUUGUGUGUUUUUUGUAUUUUUUUGCAGCACUGAAAGUUUUAAACAGGAAAAAAAAAGUUUUAAUUUGGUGGAAGCGAAACCUUAAUUCUUUAUAUCAGGAAAAAUCACUGUAAACGUGUUAAAUCAAGAAUGUUGGUUCAGUUUUUGAAUGUACUUUAAUGUCUAGGGUGUCCAAUAAGUAUGUAUUCUUUUUCUGUAUAUAAAUAUAUAUACAUAUCUAUUAUAUGGGCUGUGGUGAUGUCAGGGAAUAGAGGGGGUGGGCAGGAAAGCCUCUGGCCCCCAACAUAGAUAUCAGACCCCUCCCACUAAAUAUGUCCCUGAUAUUUACUGUAACAUGUGAUCAUGUGUUAUAUGAUUGAAAGUGUGACGGUGAUAGUGUGAACUGAUCUCCCCCGACAUCGCCCCCCGAAUCCCACGUUUACCACACAAGCAAAUGUAUACUGUGCACAAACACACACAGGUUAACAACACAGGCAGGAUCACACACACAAUCCCCAAACUGCUUUUUUCCCCUCUUUUUUUGUGCCCCACUCUGAGCAAAAACACCACAUCCCACUUUCAGACACUUCACAAAAAGAACCACAUCUGCGCGCUAACUCCGGCCCCGCGCCGGAGCUCCAGCACUUGCUAAUUAGCGCAAAGUUUAGUGGGAUAAAAAGUUUAUGAAUAUUGAUUUUUCUUUUCUUACUUGAACCAAAGCAUGAUUUGAACACACAGUCUCAGUGCUCUUUGAUCAGGAGACAGCGGGACUCGGUGAUGACGGCGGAGCCCGGAUGUGUAUUGACGUGACCCAGAUUUCAUUCGCUCAUCGCCGCCGAGGUAGAGCUCGCUCUCCCGCUAACGUAACGAGCCUCGCUGACGAAGCUCGGCUCGCGGCUUCCUGCGGCAGCUGCCUCGGUUUAUGAGCCGCUGUUCUGGCGCUGACCCUGGUGGGCGGGCGGUUUUAUUGCGUAUUGGAAACAACCUGCUGGCCCUGAGGAGAAACUUUAUCAGAGGCGAGCGGGUUCGGGUGAAGCACAACUUUGUUUGAGAGUUCAGGGUACACUACUUGGUAGUGGUUUUGUGUGAGUGGUUACAAGAGGGUAAGACUAGGUUAAGCUCCUGACUUCCUGUACAAAACUACAGUGUGUACUGUUAUUAUCCUGUACAGUAAAUCUCACCUCACACUUCUUGAUUAACUUCAUCUUAUUUCAGGUUAAAAAAAGUACUUGUUCUAAAUCAGGGCUCCUACCCACGCGACCUCUGUUCAUCCGUAGACAGCUUCUCAUAUAUUACAGAGUAUCUAUAUCAUGCCAACUAACUGUCGUGAAGUCUAAUUGGGGUAAAGUCGGUCAUUCGUUCUCCCAUGCAGCGAUCACACGCAGGCUUAGCGUCUUCAUACCUGUAGGUUUGUCACGCGGUUCCUCUGGCCUACUUACGGGUUACAGCCCCGCGGUAGGGCAGAAGCAACGCAGGAGCAGGCUGGAGUUUUACUUCGAUGGCAACUUUGUGGAAAGCAGAGCUUCUCUGAAAGGAAAACGGGGGGGAAACCUAAAUGGUCACUACAUGAUCAGCAGCGAUAAAGAGCCACAGUUUGUCGUUUGUUUUUUAACGAACUUUAGGUUUUGGUCAGAUGUUCGGAUUUUGUCCACUGAAAUAUCUAUGCAUUCUGCAACAAGAACACUUGAUGUCAUGUGUGAUAGGCACAUUCUGGGUAGACAGCACUUUUCUCUACUUCUUCUAGUCAACUCCUAGCUGAUAAAACCUAAACGGAUAACACUGGUAUUAUUAUGCAUUUUAAUUUUGUCAGCAAAUCUCAACACAAGACAAAAAAAAAAAAAUUUGUUUCUGAU